AUGACGUCACCGGAUUACGUUAGACGUCCCGCCACAAGUCUCGGACUACUUCACCGAGACCGAAGGCGUCAUUACAACCACCAUGUUCGACGUGCCGGGGUACCGCGUAGUCAAAGUCCUCGGCGCCGUCUACGGCCUAACAGUCCGAUAGCGGAACUGGGCUGCGAGCAUGGGCAUAGUGAUCAAGAGCAUAGCGGGCGGCGAGCUGCGCUGGCUCACCAAAAUGAUGCAAUUAGUCGAGUCGUGGCCGAGACGAAGGCUCGCGGUGGCAACGCUAUUAUCUGCCUCCGCUUCGAAUCGGGCGAUAUGGGUGGGUUUGCCCAGUACUGUGCUUAUGGUACCGCGGCUAUUGUCGAAAAGAUUGAUCCUAGUACACAGGUUCCUCUACAACUCGUUAAUUAA